CGCCAGUCAAGUCAACGCAUCCUGGUCCCGACCUGGACGGACAGGACGAGGACGAGCACAGCAAGCGUAGGCAGAGGCAGAGCAGCCGCCCGAGCCCGAUUCUAUCCAGAUCCGCUGCUGCUUGGGUAACGGCGGCGAGGGGAGUUUGCAGCGACACCGCCGAUAUCGCGGCAUCAGAUCCGAUGGUGCGUCGCCGGAGCAGAGAAAGUGGCCGAGGCCGGAGCCUGAGCCUGGGUUGGCCUGCGUGCUGCCUCGGCUUCCUGCUCAAGCUGCUCGCCUUCCUCCAGGCCUUCGCCGCCGUCUCCGUCCUCCUCUACGCCGCAUGGAUGUUCUCGCGCUGGGCGCGCCACCACCAGCUCCACCUCAGCGACCUCCUAAGCCCGGACCUCUGGUUCUCGUCGCUCGUCAUGGCGGCGGGGCUCUUCUACUGCCUCCUGCUCCUCGCGGGUUACCUGGCAGCCGAGAUCAACACCGGAUGUUGCCUCUGCUUCUACACCAUCCCGGCCAUGGCUAUGAUGCUGCUCGAAGCCGCUCUCGCCGCCCAUCUCGCGCUCAACGAGCACUGGGUUCAGGACCUGCCAGAGGACCGCACAGGAGAGCUCCACAACUUACUCUCCUUCAUCCAUAAUAACCUCGACCUAUGCAAAUGGGCUGCUCUUGCCAUCUUCGCCACGCAGGCACUCUCACUUCUCCUGGCUAUGAUUUUACGGGCCAUGCUGUCUGCCCGGAUCGUGGACUACGACAGCGAUGAAGACUUUGUGGUUAUACGGAGGCCACUCCUGGUUACCCAAGCUCCUGCACCUUACCUCCCUACCACCGUUGAUGCCAGAGGUGCCCGUCCUGACCUCUGGAGCUCAACAUUGAGACACAAGUAUGGCUUGAACACGAGCGACUAUACCUACAACACAAUGGAUGCAAAUGCAGCACAGUCUCAGUGAGUGGAGCAGUCACGAGACAGAUGAAGGAAGCGCUAAAUGCAAUGAUAAGCAGCUCUUCUGUGUAUUCCAGAAAAAGACAGAUGAAGGAAGCAUGUGUUUAUUCAAAGCACCUGGUAUGUACAGGUUCCUGGCCUGGCGCUCCUGGCAUAUUGCUUGUAACAAUUUCCAAUUUAAUUGCACUUAGUUGAUCUUGCGUUGCACUGUACCGUGUCACCCGUUGAUAUAUGUGUAUAUUUGUGGUUAUGUGGGCGCUGUGCAUAUGUGGGGUUUUACGUUUUUGCAUCAUCGUGAAGAGGCUUUUGGCCAAAAGUUGUUUGUCGAGCCUGGGGCUGAUGUGCGCUGCAGGCCAAUUUUUGUGUAUUUUUUUACCCGGAAGAAUACUGCAGUCAAAGUUCUGUAACCUUUGUGCAUAAUAAUAUCUAUUAAGGGUCAGAAGCCUCCUGUGUUGCCAGUU